AUGACCGUUAGGUGCCGGAAGGAAUGCCGGGAGCUGUACAUCGGGGAAACUAAACAGCCACUGGCAAAACGCCUACUCAUAAAAGGAGUCACACUUAGUGUUGAGCCAGAGAACAAGGUGGAGCGAGGCUCGAAUUUAAAGCUUACCUGCAAUGCUGAAGUUAGCCAUGCCUCUCACGCUGCUCCCACCUACAAAUACAGCUUCUACAAGGACUUCGGAGAGGAUGCUUUACACACUGAAGAGACCAAUGCCAGCAAGCCGGGGCUGUAUUACAUCAAUGAAGCACGGGCCUCCCACUCUGGCAUGUACAAGUGUAAGGUGCUGGUCGAGGGUCUAUCUAUGGAAAGCUCUACUGAGGAUAUUAUUGUUGAAGGUGGCAUUAUGACGCCAGUUUUGAUUGUGAAUAAAAGUCAGGUGACAGAGGGUGAGAAUGUCAGCGCCAUCUGCAAGGCGGAGGAAGAAUCUGGCUCUUUGACUUUCUCCCUUAAAAAUGGCUUGAAGGAAAUCUACCGUGAAGAGACCACCAAUGGUGAAGUACAUAGAACCCUGUCCUUCACAUCCAGAGGGACAGCCAGACUCACCUGCUCCUAUUUCAUAAAUCUGGAAAGUGGCAGACUGAAAUCGAAUGACAGUAAUGUGUUCAGCAUUACUGUUCUUGAACUAGACAUCACAUCGCGGAUCGUAGUAAAGCCAUCGACAGAAGUCACUGAGGGUGAUACCAUAAACAUCAGCUGUACUGAAGGUCAAAUAAACCAGAACUUACGGUCGGUCUCACUUCAGCUAGUUAAAGGAUCAAAGAUCCUCAAGCCUGACAUGAAGAACAGUGAAUACAGCAAAGUGGUCACGGCCGAGGAUUCUGGGAAAUACGAGUGUUUUUCUGUGAUGAACAACAUACAGAAAACGGACUCUGCAAACUUAACAAUCAAAGAGUUGUUCUCUCAGCCCAUAUUGACCAUAACCCCAGCCGAAGUGUUCGAGAAGCAGCAGUUUACUGUCACCUGCAGAAGCUCAGACUAUGCAUCAGAAAGAAUCAGACCCAAUGAAAUAACGUACUCGAUCUACAGGAACAACCUGAAGUUGAUCUCUGGUUCAAUCAACGGCAUGUACAAAGGCGUGGCGGGAGCAGAGACCAAUGGCAAUUAUUCAUGUGUUGCUCAAGUGAGUGUCAUCAAUAAAACAAGCCACCAGAAGAGCUUCAAAGCAAAAGUUCUUGUCUCCAAACCUAUCAUCAAGGUGGUUGGGUCGGUGAUCCUGGGAAACCCUUUUCAGAUUGAGUGUCAUUCACAGAACGGGAGCCUUCCCAUCACAUACACCCUGAAAAAGGCCAGUGAAGUGCAGGGCCAGAAGAAGGUGUCAGGACCAUCAGAGCGUGCCCGCUUUACUGCUCUUUUAUAUUCUGAAAAUGAAAUUAAUGACUUCAGAUGUGAGGCGCAGAACAACGGUCUUCAUUCUGUCCAUCUGAGUGAAUCUCUGACUGCUCAGGUUACAGUUCCCGUAGGUAGGCCGCUUCUCACGAUUGCUCCUGAUCCCAACGACAUCACCGAAAACCAAAAUGUCUUCCUAAUAUGCAGCAUUGGAAAAGGAACCCCACCCAUCAGCUUCAAAUGGUACCAUAAUGGCAGCAGUAGUCCGAUACACAGCGCUACAGUGAUGGCUAAUACUUCAUCAUACAUGCUGCGUUCCGUGAGUAGCGUAGACAGCGGCAGGUACCACUGCGAAGCCCUGAACAGCGACCAGGAGCAGAUCAGCAACCAAGUCUACAUGGCAGUGAGAAUGGCCCACUGGAAGAUUGGCUUGAUCGUUGGCUUGAUCAUCAUUGUGUGUUUGCUAUGUCUGGCCGGCCUCCUGAUACGCUACAAGGCUAAGCGAGUUGGAAUGGCAACCACCAAUGGAGCAGGAAUCUGGAGUGAGAGACCUCCAGUUUCUGACUCCAUUGAGGCAGUAGAUGUGGAUCGACCUGAAGAACCUAAUGUGGAGUAUACAGAAGUACUGCAUCCUCAAACUGACCCAACACGAGUUCCAUUAAGGAAAAAUACAGAUACAGUAUACAGUGAAGUUCAGACCUCUCCACAAGGAUCUGACAAAGAGUUUUGAACUGAGUCGGUGGAGAGAAUAAGAUCUUCAGCUCACCAUCCUUCAGUCCUUCUCACUGCACCAGUUUCUUACUGCACCAGAAAGCCUCACACCACAACAGUGCUUGUGUUAUUUUAAUUAAAUUUUUUUAGUACAGUGUACAUUUUCAGGUACUAAAAGUGUUUUGCAAUAAAAUUACUAAAGAAUUAAAA